CUUUAGGCGGGUAGCGGCGAAAGCGAAAGCGGGAAGCGUCAGCUUCAGCCGUGGAGCCCCACAGAAGCAGAGGCUGAAGACUUUCUACUCCCCUUGGUCCCACUCACCCGAACGACCCAUCGACCCCUGCUCCCAAUCCGCCCUGCCUGCCACAAGAUGCUGAAGCCGGCGCUGGAGCCGCGGGGGGGCUUCUCUUUUGAAAACUGCCAGAGAAAUGCAUCCUUGGAACGCGUCCUUCCCGGGCUCCGGGUCCCGCAUGCACGCAAGACCGGUACCACCAUCGCAGGCCUUGUGUUCCGAGACGGGGUCAUCCUGGGAGCGGAUACCAGGGCCACUAACGAUUCGGUUGUGGCAGACAAGAACUGCGAGAAGAUCCACUUCAUCGCCCCCAAAAUCUAUUGCUGUGGAGCUGGAGUAGCCGCGGACGCGGAAAUGACCACACGGAUGGCAGCAUCCAACAUGGAGCUACACGCGCUGUCCACGGGCCGCGAGCCUCGCGUGGCCACGGUCACUCGCGUCCUACGCCAGACUCUCUUCCGGUACCGGGGCCACGUGGGCGCAUCGCUGAUCGUGGGCGGAGUAGACCUGACAGGACCGCAACUGUAUGGCGUGCACCCCCACGGUUCCUACAGCCGACUGCCCUUUACCGCUCUGGGCUCCGGGCAGGACGCGGCCUUGGCGGUGCUGGAGGACCGGUUCCAACCAAACAUGACGCUAGAGGCUGCACAGGGGCUGCUGGUGGAAGCUGUUACUGCAGGGAUCCUGGGAGACUUGGGCUCUGGGGGCAGCGUGGAUGCAUGUGUGAUCACCGCAUCAGGCGCCAAGCUGCUGCGGACACUGAGCUCACCCACAGAGCCUGUGAAGAGGUCCGAUGGUUACCGCUUUGCACCUGGAACCACAGCCAUUCUGACACAGACAGUGAAGCCAUUGAAUGUGGAGCUCUUGGAAGAAACUGUGCAGGCCAUGGAGGUGGAAUGAAGUUGCCUGGGGUGUAGAUUUAAGAACAAGGGGGAAUAAACCCAGAAAAUAAAAACAUCUAAA